GGCAUGACCAAACGCAAAUACCCUCAGAGUGAACCCUAGGUACGGACACACACACACUGAACACACAGGCAUCAUGUCUUCCAGUGGAGAAAAAAAGACUGCCUCCCAGACCGACGGCAAGGCAGCCCAGACCAAAAAGUCAGAGAUGGGCAUGAUGUCCUAUAAGAUGUAUGUGUUCGACCAGGAGAACUUCCAGGGGCGCAUGAUUGAGAUUAACGCUGAGUGCAUGAAUGUUUGCGAUAUGGGCAUGGAUAGAGUUCGCUCACUACGUGUGGAGUGUGGCCCAUUUGUUGGCUUUGAGCAGAUGAACUUCUGCGGAGAGAUGUACAUCCUGGAGAAGGGCGAGUAUCCUCGUUGGGAUUCUUGGAGCAACUGCCAGAAGAAUGACUACCUGCUGUCCUUCAGACCCGUCAGAAUGGACCCUGAGAAGCACAAGAUCUGCCUGUAUGAGGUGGGUCAGUACAAGGGCCGCAAGAUGGAGAUUAUGGAUGAUGAUGUUCCCAGCCUGUUCUCUUAUGGAUUCACAGACAGAGUUGGCAGCAUCAUGGUCAGCUGUGGAACCUGGGUGGGCUAUCAGUACCCCGGAUAUCGUGGCAGCCAGUACCUGCUGGAGAAGGGCGAAUACAGACACUUUAACGAGUAUGGCGCUCGUUGUCCUCAGUUCCAGUCUGUGAGACGUAUCCGUGACAUGCAGUGGCACCCACACGGCUGCUACACCAUGGCCAGCAAGUGAGGGCCAGACCAGGAGAGGAAGAGGAGGGUUGGAGAGGGAGAGGGACGCAAGAGGAAGGAGAGGAGGAGAGAUGCCUGAGCAUCUUCCCUGUGCUGCACAGUGGGCAAAUGCUUUAUGGGUGACAGACUCUCGCCUAACAUUGCGGUCUGCGUCUGUCAAGCUUUUAAAGUCCAGUGGGACUAUGAUUCUCUCAGGCCUCAGUGUCUCUGUAUGGGGCAAAGGCACCGAUAAACAUACUUCCCUCUUCCUCACUAGCUCCUUUGCUCUCUUUCUCUCCUGUGUCAUGGCUCCUUUUUUUCCUUCCAUAAUUUAUUUAAUUUUUGUCAUGGUUUUUCCCCCUGCCUACAUCCCCCCUUUCCCCGGGAGAAUGAAAAGUGAGAGGAGAGAUGAAGGGUUGAGGAGAGCUGUGCCCUAGACAUCUUCCUUUGCCUGCUGUACAGAAUCCUGGUCAUCUUUUCAAUAAAAAAGCUUGAUACGAAA